GAGCGCGCAUGCGCCAGCGUCCGCGCAGCUAAUGGUGGGGGCGUCUACUGCGCUCCCUCCUCCGUCUCCGCAACCCCCGCCCCACGGAGAGUCGGGCUCACGCCAUUUUGUGCCCCCCCCACCCCUGCCCCGGCCGAGCCACCUUCUCCCUUUCUACACUCUGAGCCCUCCACCCCGCCCCUUUCCAAGCGUGUCCCGGGCCGCCGCAGCAGAAACCGCACCAUCUCUCCCCACAUUCUCCACGCGGGACGCGCAGCCGUGCCUACAAGUGUUCUUAAAGCAGAGAUGAAUAAUACUGCAGCCAGCCCCAUGUCUACUGCUACUUCAAGUAGUGGAAGAAGUACAGGGAAGUCUGUAAGCUUUGCAGCAGAGUUACAGAGUAUGAUGUUUUCUUUAGGUGAUGCUAGGAGGCCUCUUCAUGAAACGGCACUUUUGGUAGAAGAUGUGGUACACACGCAGUUAAUUAAUCUGUUACAGCAAGCUGCUGAAGUUUCUCAGCUCCGGGGAGCAAGGGUAAUCUCUGCCGAAGACCUUCUGUUUUUGAUGCGCAAGGAUAAGAAAAAGCUUAGAAGACUGCUAAAGUACAUGUUUUUCCGAGACUACAAAUCCAAGAUUGUCAAGGGUAUAGAUGAGGAUGACCUUCUGGAAGACAAACUGAGUGGCAGCAAUAAUGCGAACAAAAGACAGAAGAUCGCCCAAGACUUUCUCAACUCUAUUGACCAAACAGGAGAACUCCUGGCAAUGUUUGAAGAUGAUGAGAUCGAUGAAGUUAAGCAAGAAAGAAUGGAGAGAGCAGAAAGACAAACUCGAAUUAUGGAUUCAGCCCAAUAUGCAGAAUUCUGUGAAAGUCGACAAUUAAGUUUCUCCAAAAAGGCCUCCAAAUUUCGAGACUGGUUGGACUGCAGCAGUAUGGAGAUAAAACCCAAUGUUGUCGCAAUGGAAAUUUUAGCAUAUUUAGCGUAUGAAACUGUGGCACAGUUAGUGGACCUGGCUCUUCUUGUGAGGCAGGAUAUGGUAACCAAGGCAGGAGACCCCUUCAGCCAUGCCAUUUCAGCAACGUUCAUUCAGUAUCACAACUCUGCUGAGGGGUCUUGCAUGAAGUCCUACCCAGAGUCUCCUGAGAACACACCUCCUCCCACACCGACUGCCCCCUCGUCUGGAUCACAGCACUCAGGGAAAACCACAUCGGGAUCCCUAGGGAAUGGGAGUGCUGGGCAAGACUCAACUAAAACCAAGCAAAGGAAAAGAAAAAAGAGCACCGCGGCCUGUGGUGUUGAGGCUCACAGCGAUGCCAUCCAGCCCUGCCACAUCAGAGAGGCCGUUCGACGCUAUGGCCACAAGAUUGGCCCCCUUUCCCCAUUCACAACUCACCUAAGAUCUGAACAAGACACCAUUUGAUUUGACAUUCCAUCUUCCCGCCCAAGAGUGUGGCCUGGAGAAGAGCCCCUCAGGGCUGGCCACCAUAUUGCUCUUCUCGGUGACCAGUUGCAUGUGCCCCUGCCAUUGACUGAGAUAUCGAGCUUAUCCUUGAUGAUUAGUUCCAACCAAUUAAUUUUUGGCUAAGUCAUCUACAAGUUCUGUAUCUACUAGCUACUGUCACAUAACAAACACUCCCAAACUCAGCUUAACCCAGUAAAGCACUUUGUUGAUGAGUCCAGAGGUUGUCUACUCUUGG